AGUGGCCCUCGACCUUCUGGUGAAAAAGUACAAGGCAUGGCGAGCAGAUGUCGUGCCGACUCCUCCUGCUCUUCCUCAUCCAAAGGAGUCGUGGCCGAGACGGCCUCCCUCUCCAUCAACCCGACCUCUUCUGCGGAGAGCCACCAGUACUGCAGCAAGGGCUCGCGGACUACCUGUUGGACCUUUCCGUUUACUGACAGCUGCCUCAGCUUGCAGGAGAACCGGCGUGAGAAGAGUGAGGUGGCUCACCCCAAGUGCUGUUAUGGAGAGAACCUGGUGGCCGAAGGCAUCGAAGAUGAUAGCCCGGACGAUGAGAACGUCGUUGGCGAUCCGUCCGGUGGGAGCGGUGCUGCUGACAGCGGACAGUCGAAGGUCUGCGCCAGAGGCCACUGGAGGCCUGCUGAAGACUCCAAGCUCAAGGAAAUGGUAGCCCUCUAUGGCCCUCAGAACUGGAACCUCAUAGCAGAAAAGCUAGAAGGCAGAUCAGGGAAGAGUUGUAGGCUGAGAUGGUUCAACCAGCUGGACCCCAGGAUCAACAGAAGGCCUUUUACCGAGGAGGAAGAGGAGAAGCUCAUGACUGCUCACAGAUUCUAUGGGAACAAAUGGGCUAUGAUUGCGAGGCUUUUUCCAGGUAGAACCGACAAUGCAGUUAAGAACCACUGGCAUGUCGUCAUGGCCAGGAAGUAUAGGGAGCAAUCAGCUGCAUAUAGAAGGAGAAAGCUUGGCCAAGAAGUACUGCACCACCACAGACUCGACGAAGCUGCUGCAGCAAAGGCCACAGCAGCACCAAGAACAGCCUAUGGCUCUACCAGCGGCUCCUUUCCUUCCUUUCCUUUUCUUGCCGCCGUUGAUGCCUCCGCUGGCGCUCAUCACAUGCCGCACGACUCGGGGGAUUCACUCUCAAAUUGCAGUGGCUUUUCUGCUGAAGGAACACCCUUCGAUUUCUUCUCUGGUACGUGCCGUCUAUCCUCACCUCCUCCUCUUCUACCAUGCGCUAGUGCAACUGCUUGUUCUCAGUCUUCUUCUACCUUAAAUACGACACAUUUAUUGUUGCAUGUAUGGGUUUCACCGUUAAAUUUUCUCAAAAUGGGAGUUGAAAUCACAAGUAGAUCCUCCAAGAAGCUAAGCAGGGAAAGAGGGCAAAACAUGAGAAGACUAAGCUUAAACCUAAAAGAAGACCUUAUGAUGGCAUCACUUCCUCUUUCUCUAGUCGUGUUUGGUUCUGAGCAUUUGCAGAUAACAAGGUUCACGAGAAGGAAAGCUUCUACGGCAACAUGUCAUCGGACAUGCCGACUGUUGAGCCCUUCGUGGGCUUUAACCAUCAUUCUCCGGUCGGCUCGGCGGUGCAGCGAUCGAACCACUUACCCCACGAGUCUGCCACUGAGACACCAUCUGAAGACAACAGCGAGAGCAGCCACGUUGAUGCCGCAGUCUCACCAACUUUCAUAGAUUUCCUCGGAGUA